GAGUGUAUAUCAUUUCUUUGAGCAAACACGACAAGGAGCUUGAGCUUGUACCCUUUUGUGCAUCCACUUUUUACUUUCUUUUCCUCCAAACAUACAAACACAAACACAUAUGCAAUAUACUUUUGAUUUUUGAGAAUGAGCAAAAUGGAAUCUCCUGAGAAGAAUGAGAUAUUGGCAGUGAAGGAGAAAGGAUCAGAUGAACGCAGCAGCCAUGGAAGUAAAGGAAGAAAUUCUGUGGUGAAGAUUUUCAGAUAUGCUGAUUGGGUGGAUGUGGUGCUGAUGGUUUUGGGGACAGUUGGAGCAGUAGGAGAUGGGAUGUCGACAAAUUGCUUGCUGGUGUUCGUUAGCCGUCUUAUGAAUAACUUGGGAUAUGGUCAGAGCCAACAGAACAAUAAUCAUGGGAUCCAUUGGAUGCACGAGGUUGAAAAGUGCAGCUUAGACUUUGUCUACUUGGGAUUAGCAGUAAUGCUGGUGGCUUUUUUGGAAGGUUAUUGUUGGAGCAAAACUAGUGAGAGGCAGGUGCUGAAGAUUCGUUACAAGUACUUGAAAGCAGUUUUGAGACAAGAAGUUGGGUUUUUCGAUUCCCAAGAAGCCACUACUUCGGAGGUCAUCAAUACCAUAUCAAAAGAUACUUCUCUCAUACAAGAAGUUCUAAGUGAAAAGGUGCCAACAUUUGUUAUGCACUCAUCAGUGUUCGUCUCGGGGCUGGCCUUCUCCACAUACUUGUCAUGGAGACUGGCCUUGGUAGCAUUUCCAACACUACUUCUCCUAAUAAUACCAGGAAUGAUCUAUGGGAAAUACCUCAUGUACUUGUCGAAAAAAUCAUACAAAGAGUAUGGGAAAGCAAACAGCAUAGUAGAGCAAGCUCUAAGCUCCAUAAAAACUGUUUAUGCAUUCACUGCCGAGAGGAGAAUUGUGGAAAGAUAUUCAGCAAUAUUGGAGAGAACAAGUAGGCUGGGGAUGAAGCAAGGCAUAGCAAAAGGUCUGGCAGUGGGAAGCACAGGGCUGUCUUUUGCGAUAUGGGGGUUUCUGGCAUGGUAUGGAAGCCAUUUGGUGAUGUAUAAAGGUGAAAGCGGUGGGAGGAUUUAUGCGGCUGGGAUCUCUUUCGUAUUGAGUGGACUAUCCCUGGGAAUGGCACUUCCGGAUUUGAGGUACUUCACAGAAGCUGCGGUUGCUGCUACACGAAUAUUCGACCGGAUAGACCGUAGGCCCUUGAUCGACGGUGAAGACACCCAAGGACUUGUCUUAGACAACAUUAGAGGCGAACUAGAAUUCAUUGGUGUCAAGUUCACAUACCCUUCUCGUCCAGAUUCCAUGGUCCUCGGAGAUUUCAAUCUGAAGGUUGAAGCAGGGAAGACCAUUGCUCUUGUUGGUGCGAGUGGAAGUGGCAAGUCCACAGCAAUUGCAUUGGUGCAACGUUUUUAUGAUGCGGAUGAUGGGGUUGUUCGGAUCGACGGUGUCGAUAUAAGGACACUUCAGCUGAAAUGGAUUAGAUCAAAAAUGGGACUUGUUAGUCAAGAACAUGCCUUGUUUGGGACUUCAAUUAAGGAGAACAUUAUGUUUGGUAAGCUUGAUGCCAGUAUGGAUGAAGUCACAGCUGCAGCUAUGGCUGCCAAUGCUCAUAAUUUCAUAAGGCAACUUCCACAAGGGUAUGAGACCAAGAUUGGAGAGAGAGGAGCACUUUUGUCUGGUGGACAAAAGCAGCGGAUAGCUAUUGCCAGAGCAAUUAUCAAGAACCCUGUAAUUCUACUACUUGAUGAAGCAACAAGCGCUCUUGACUCUGAAUCUGAGACUCUGGUCCAAAAUGCUCUUGAUCAAGCCUCCAUGGGGAGAACCACCUUGGUUGUUGCCCACAAGCUUUCAACUGUUCGAAAUGCAGACCUAAUUGCGGUGGUCAGUGGCGGUUGCAUCAUCGAAAUAGGCUCACACAACCAACUCAUCAACUGCCAAAACGGUCACUAUGCAAAACUAGCAAAGCUACAGAGACAAUUCAGCUGUGACAAUGUUGACCAAGAACGAAUUUCAGUGUCUUCGGUCACAAGAAGCAGUGCUGGCAGGCUAAGCACAGCAAGAUCAAGCCCUGCAUCAACGUUUGCAAAAUCACCGCUUCCCCUCGAGACCUCACAGCCUUUGUCACACCCUCCAACUUCCUUCUACCGCCUUCUGUCUUUGAAUUCCCCUGAAUGGAAGCAAGGCCUAAUUGGAAGCCUCUCUGCCAUAGCAUUCGGGUCAGUCCAACCUGUCUAUGCCUUAACCAUAGGUGGCAUGAUAUCAGCCUUCUUUGUGCAAAGCCACGAGGAAAUGCGUGCUCGAAUUCGUACAUAUUCCUUGAUUUUCUCUGCACUUUCUGUAAUCUCCAUCACCUUGAAUCUCUUGCAACACUACAACUUUGCUUACAUGGGUGAGCAGCUCACAAAAAGAAUCCGGUUGCAAAUGCUUCAGAAGAUCUUGACCUUUGAAACAGCUUGGUUUGAUGAGGAGCAGAAUUCAAGUGGGGCAUUGUGUUCAAGAUUGAGCAAUGAGGCUUCCAUGGUUAAGUCCCUUGUGGCAGACAGGGUGUCCUUAUUAGUCCAAACCACUUCAGCUGUCACAAUUGCCAUGAUCAUGGGGCUAGUUGUGGCUUGGAAGCUAGCACUCGUUAUGAUCGCGGUCCAACCACUCGCAAUCCUAUGCUUCUACACAAAGAAAGUUUUGCUGUCUAGCCUAUCAGCCAACUUUAUCAAAGCACAAAACCAUAGCACUCAAAUUGCAGUUGAAGCAGUGUACAAUCAUAGAAUUGUGACUUCAUUUGGAAGUGUGGGAAAAGUACUUGAAUUAUUCGAUGAGGCUCAGGAAGCGCCGAGGAAAGAGGCAAGGAAGAAGUCAUGGCUAGCUGGGCUUGGGAUGGGGUCAGCCCAGUGUCUAACAUUUAUGUCAUGGGCACUGGACUUCUGGUAUGGUGGUACACUAGUAGAAAAGGGGCAAAUAUCAGCUGGGGAUGUGUUCAAAACAUUUUUCAUAUUGGUGAGCACUGGUAAGGUUAUAGCUGAAGCUGGGAGUAUGACUUCUGAUUUAGCCAAGGGUUCAACAGCAGUUGCAUCUGUGUUUGAGAUUCUCGACCGCCACUCACUAAUUCCAGGCUCUCGUAAUGUGGGGGAUGAAGAUGGUUCUAGUGGGAAUGGGAUAAAGUUAGAGAAAGUAACUGGGAGCAUAGAACUGAAGAAGGUUGAUUUUGCAUACCCAAGUAGGCCAGAGACAUUGGUGUUGCGCCAAUUUAGCUUGGAGGUGAAGCCAGGCACAAGCAUUGGACUUGUUGGGAAAAGUGGGUGUGGCAAGUCAACCGUGGUUGGAUUGAUACAAAGAUUUUACGAUGCAGAGAGUGGGUCAGUGAAGGUGGAUGGUGUGGACAUAAGGGAACUAGAUGUUCAAUGGUAUAGGAGGCACACAGCCCUUGUUAGCCAAGAGCCCGUGAUAUAUUCCGGUACCAUUCGCGACAACAUCAUGUUUGGGAAGCUUGAUGCCCCAGAGGAUGAAGUUGUAAAGGCCGCCAGAGCAGCCAAUGCCCACGAAUUUAUCUCGUCAUUGAAGGACGGUUAUAAUACAGAGUGUGGUGAAAGAGGGGUGCAGUUAUCAGGAGGGCAAAAGCAAAGAAUAGCAAUUGCAAGAGCAAUACUUAGAAACCCAACAAUACUAUUGCUAGAUGAGGCAACAAGUGCACUUGAUGUGCAAUCUGAGCACCUUGUGCAAGAAGCUUUGGACCGCAUUAUGGUGGGAAGGACAACAGUUGUGAUAGCACAUAGGCUUAACACCAUCAAAAACCUUGAAAUGAUAGCAUUUGUUGCAGAUGGGAAGGUGGUGGAGAAAGGCACAUAUGCUCAGCUCAAGCACAAGCGUGGUGCCUUCUUUAACCUUGCCACCUGUCAAACUUAGGUGCAUGUAAAUAUAUCUCUACUGUAAAAGUAAAAUGGUGUAUGUUGCUGUAAACUGUAAAAUUAGCUAGCAGCAGCAUCUUUUGGGUUGGUUAGUUUUGUGGCUUUGUGCCUGAGGAUUUAGAGUUCUUUCAAUGAGGGGUUUUUGACUCUUAGACAGGAACUUAUUGCAAAGGCCUGAAUGUAAUAUUGGGUUGGUCCCAAAUUAAUGCUGGUGUUGAAAGUCAAGAACAAAUAAUAAUAAAAACUAUAUAUGCUAAUUGUAUUAUCCUG